CAUCUCUGCUUGAGUCUCCUCUAGGUUGCUCAAAAUGGUGCUUUUCUCAGUGAAGCACGGAGUUGACUCAAAGGCCAAGCAAUGGGAGACCAUCCUUUUUUCUUUCAUUUUCUAAUACACAGGGAGCAUGCCUCCGUCCUCUGAGAUGUUGCCUGCAGAGUGGGCACUGGGAGAGGAUCCGAAGGCGCCUUCUCGGCAGAGAGUUGCGGCCUCCCUCCGCGGAGUGGGAGCAGGGCCCGCGAGCUCCUGUCUCCUCUGGGCGGCCAGCCCAGGGGUCUUUCCUGGAGCAAUGCGUGUCUUCUCAGUUUCAGGCCACGUCAUCCAUGUUUGAAUCGGAGCAUCACUGGCUGGAAAUACGUCACUCUUCGUACAGGUUACCUGGCAUCCUGGGACACUCAGAUGAUGUGGGAUGGAGGUGCCAGAACUCACCUGCCCUGCCUCACCUGCCAGGGACCAGCCAGCUCCUGCUCCUGGCCCCCCAGGGGCCCCAGGUGGGCAGGCCUCACCUCGCCUGACCCUGGGCCCUGUCAUCCUGCCGCCAGAGCAGGGCCUGGCCCCCACUGUGUUCCUGAAGGCCCUGCCCAUCCCAUUGUACCACACAGUGCCUCCUGGGGGCCUCCAGCCACGCGCCCCCCUAGUGACAGGCAGCCUGGAUGGGGGCAACGUGCCCUUCAUUCUCAGCCCCCUGCUGCAGCCGGAAGGACUUGGCCCCACCCAGAUGGGGAAGCCAGUGGCUCCAACGCUCACCGUGAACAUCGUGGGUGCUCUGCCUGUCCUGUCGCCGGGCCUGGGGCCCACGCUGGGCAGCCCGGGCAAGGUGCGGAAUGCCGGCAAGUACCUGUGCCCUCACUGUGGCCGGGACUGCCUGAAGCCCAGUGUUUUGGAGAAGCACAUCCGGUCCCACACGGGUGAGCGGCCCUUUCCAUGUGCCACGUGCGGCAUCGCUUUUAAGACCCAGAGCAACCUGUAUAAGCACAGGCGCACCCAGACGCACCUCAACAACUCUCGGCUGUCCUCGGAGUCCGACGGUGGUGGAGGCAGCCACCUGGAGGAGGGGGACAAGGCUGGAGAGACCUCCAGAGCAGAUGGCAGAGGGGACAGCUGGAGCCAGAGAGUGCGCGAUGCGGCCCAAUCAGAGAGACCCCUUUCUCCAGGCGCCCAGCGCGCUGGACACUGCCCACUGCCCACCACGCGUCUGUUCCCAGUUGCCAAGAACCUAGAGCUGAAGUUGGAAGCUAUUCCCUGUCCAGGGUCCACAUUCACUGACAGAGAGGCCCCUUUGGACUCUACCCAUACAGCGUCCGCUGGGCUCCCAGUGGCCGGCACACAGCCGAGGCGUAAGCUCCUGGAACAGAAGUCUCCGACCGCCAGCAGGUCGUGCUUCGUGCAGCAGCAGCAGCAGCAGGCGAUGUCCGCGGAGAAGCCCUGGGACCCCAAGGCCUCGGAGGGCCGGCUGAGGAAGUGCGAGAGCACCGACUCAGGCUACUUGUCCCGCUCAGACAGCGUGGAGCAGCCGCUGGCACCUUCUAGUCCCCUGCACAGCCUUUCGGAGCACAGUGCUGAGUCCGAGGGGGAGGGCGCCCCAGGGCCCGGAGGCGCCAGGGCUGAGCCGGGGGAGCAGGGGCCCAGCUUGGAGCUGGAGAAGAAGCAGCUGGAGGAGCGCAUCGCCAGGCUCAUCUCACACAACCAGGCCGUGGUGGACGACUCCCAGCUGGACAACGUGCGGCCCCGCAAGACAGUUCUGUCCAAGCAGGGCAGCAUCGACCUGCCCAUGCCUUACACCUACAAGGACUCCUUCCACUUUGACCUCCGGGCCCUGGAGCCUGGACGGAGGAGGCAGGCCGCCCUGUGCUCGGCCCGCUCCACCUUCACCCCCCUGGACAAGACGCGACCCCUCUUCUUUCACUCGGUCCCCACUCAGCUCUCCACCACCGUGGAGUGUGUGCCGGUCACCAGGAGCAACUCACUGCCCUUCGUCGAGGGCACCAGAAUGUGGCAGGAGCCGCUGGACCCCCAGGACACCUGCCCCAGGGGGCAGAAGCCUCUGAGCCCCAGGCCCACCCCUGCCCGACUGGUGGGUGUCCCCAGCGGUCACCCCCGGGCCCUGGUCAGACAGGCCGCAGUGGAGGACCUGCCGUGUCCGCCCACUGGAGACACUCCGGCCCCUGCAGAGGCCCCGGAUGGAAAAAGAACUGCUGUAGGGGAGAGGGGUGCUGGCCAGGCCAGAGCGACCAGUAGGAAAGGCAGCCAGAGGAAGCUGAAGAUGUUCUCCCAAGAGAAGUGGCAGGUGUAUGGGAGCGAGACGUUCAAGAGAAUCUACCAGAAAAUGAGAGCCAGCCACCACGGAAGCAGGAAGGCAAAGGAGGAGACAGUGGGCAGUGGGACGGGGCUGGACCAUCCUCUCCAGGCGGAGGCAGCAGGGUGCAAGGGCGCAGCCCCGGCCCAGGAUGAGAGGACCCCUGUCCUUGGGGACAUUUCUGUGGGGGCCAAGCCAGGGCCUUGGGGAAGUCUGCCAGCCCCAGAGGGCUUCUUGGUGACUGAGCCCCAGAAGCAGAGGGAGACAGUGGCUAGAGCGGGAGGCAGUGACCAGCCUGGGGUGAACAGGGCCACCUCACCCCCAACUCUCAGCUGCACAGAACCCCCCUGUUUGGGUAGCAAGAGCCCUCAGAUUCCUCCAAAGGGGAGGCUGGAGCUGGGGUGUCAGCUGUCCCCAGCACCUGGUCCCCUCAAAGAAAGUGAUCUACAGGCUCCCAGGCUGGCUUCACCAGACCCCAAGCUGGAAGGAGGCACCUGUAAUGGUAGGGGCACAAAGACCUGUCAGCGGGCCCAGACCGUCCUCAGGCAGCCCAGUAGUAACUCUGGGGAGCCCCAGGCUCUGGAAGACAAGCUCCCCUCGGAGAGGAAGAAGCUGAAAGUGGAGGAGCUGAGCUGCCAGGAGCAAUCGGAGUGUUCGGGAGCAGAAGGAGAGGCGCCCGGCAGCCCCAUGCAGGCUGCCUCCCCAUCAUCUCAGAACCAGGACAGUGGCCCUGGGAACAAGCUAGGAGGGCUGCAUGGCAGCAGCGACUGCAUGGCGAGGGGCAGUGCUGGACAACAGGGCAAGCCCCUGGAGACCUCUAGCGCCUCAUCCGCUGCUUCUUCAGUGGCGCUGUGGCAGGCGGGGCCGAGGGCCGAGGGGCCCUCCCUGUGCCCUGCAGCUGCAGCCACCAUGAGUCCCUCCCAGCCGGCUGUCCAGCCUCGGCCUCCUGGUGCCCUUGCCGCCCCGGCGGACGCUGCCUUUCCUCCUAAGUACCUCCUCAGGUUACCUCAGGGAGAGACCCACCCCUCUCCGCUCGAUGCCCGGGGACCAGCGCAAGGCCAGGCCCCUCUCUGUGGGAGAAGGUGUCCCGAAGAGCGGGCAUCAUUUGUGGAGUCAGGGCUGGGGGCCCUCCUGCCUCCCAGCGCAGUCUCGGGCCUGGCCCCCGGCGGAGAAGACAGCUUCGAGGAGGAUCCCUGCCGGUCCAGGCCGGGGGACUGGAGAAAGGGGGUGCAGGGAGACGAGAAAGGAGACCUGGACACCAGCACCCCAGCAGCUGGAGAGUCUCCUGGCUUGGCUGCCGGAGCCCCCAGGGAGACAGCCUCCUUCCUGCCUACGCCAGUGUGUGACUCCCCCAGGAGUGCGACCCGUGACACCCACCACCUCUGCAUGGGCAGCACUUUGGCGAGGGCCAGGCCCUCUGGGGGUGUCCUGAAUCCCUGGGCACCCAACAGGGAGCUGAGGGCUCCUCCCAAGAGUGCCCCAGAAGACCCUCCUUCUGGGUCCCUGGCAGGGCCCAGUGCCUGCUGCUCCCUCUGGCCCAGCUCCUUCCUCUCGGCCCCCAUGCCCUCGGGCUGGCCUGAGCUGGCCUUGUGUCCCCACUCAGAGACCCCUGGGAGCUCCAGGGCACGGGGUCCUUUCCCUACCCUGAGGGCAGAGCCCCUGCUCGUCUGGUGUUGUCUGAGCCGCAGCCUCCCUCUGCCCAUGGAGCAGAAGGAGAAGGCUGCUUCCGUGUACUUGGCGCUGCACUCCCCUGGGGGCAGCCCCCGGGACGAGGGCCCGGACGCCCAGCCGGGGCGCAAGGCUGUGUCGGGAGGAUGGCCCAGGACAAGCCCAGGAGAAGGAGGGCAGGCACAGACGUUGAAGCUCUCCCACCCGUUAGCCCCAGGGAUGGCGUCCCAGGACCCGGUGACUGAGCAGGAGUGGAAAAAAGGACUGCGUCGUAGGAGAGUGAAGAUGUCUCGUGGGAGCAGCAAGCAGAAAAGACUGAGCCUCAACUCCAAAAGGUACAAAGGGAAUUUCUCACAGAGCCGAGUUCAGCUGCGAGCCGGCAGACUGCGCAAGCCUCUCUGGGUGCCGAGGAAAGAUUGCCCCCCGCCUCCGCUCAAGGGGCUGGGGCCACGCAGGGCCCUCCAGCAGGCUUCUUCAGAAACGGCAGGUUUAUCAGCUUAUUUUCAUGACUUUUGGUUUCAUUGUUUUUCAAGACAAAUUCUCAAUGUCCCUAACUCACCACUAUUUGCUGUGAAAUUUUGGAUCCAUUGUGAACGAAUUCAUCUGAGGUGGCCUUUCCCCGGUGGCCAUGAUCUCGGUUAAUAAGGACCUUGUUUACCAAGCUGGAUAGAUCAUCUCCACUUUUGUACCUGGUUCCUCAGCGUGGUAGCAGGUCCUCAGUGAGUGUUUGCUGAAUGAAUAACUGAAGAAGUAGAAGUAAACCUCUUCCUUUAAGCUUCCUUGAAGCUCAGCUUCAGUUGAAAAGACAAUCAAAAGAAGCCCCAAAUCUUCCUUGAGAACAAAGAUGGAAGUGUGUACCCUGGAGAUUUCAUUUCUGAUAGUGUUUUGGAGACGCAUCAACAACAGAAGGAGCCAGUGGGUAUCUACUUUGGAUGGCGGUGUGCUAACGAGCAUAAAAGAAACUUCAUCUGUCCUUUCUUCCUAAAAGAAACUUUUUCAUCUAAAAAGAAACCUCCAGCUUCCUCCACCCCCUUGCUGGAUUCAAUUUUGUGGAAUUGCCAUCUUCAACCUUAAGGGUAAUCUAUCUAAUGCCACCUCAGUUUUACUGAUGAAAGCUCUGGAGGAAUAAAGAUGGCGACUUUGAACCUGAAGAUGUUUACUCUGAUGUCUUUUAACCCGGGAUCCUCUUGACGCUCCAGUGGAACCAAAUCUUAAGUGGGGGAUUUGUCUCCAAAGCCAGCACUUUAGUCAAAACCACCUGUAGUCAAAAUUAUCUCUGAAAAGUCUGUAAAUCAGUCAUAAGCGUAUGACUGGUGUCCACAACUCUGGGCAGAAAUUCUCAAGCACAAUAUGUUUGAGGAACAUGGGGGUAAACGGAGGACACGAAACAGCCAUCUGUCCAUCUGAGCUACUCUGAGGAUAGACAGCCAGCCCUCCCCCUGAGGAGGGGAGCGAGGGCUUCUCCACCGCCCGCACUUGGCUGUGCCGUGCAUGCCGUCUGCUGCAUCAUUAAAGCCUCCACAACUGUUAUGACAUCUUAAGGGGUUAGUUUGUGGGGGUGGGGAUUAACAAAGACAUUGGAGUUGUGUCUUCUGGGCGAUGGGGCGGGGAGGGGGCAGAGAGCUUCAAAGUCAGGGUUUAGGUUAAAUGUGUGAUGCGACCUUGCUGGGGUGGCUUCUCAUCUCACCUGAACACCUGUCUUUCUGCUGCCAGCUUAGGAUUUGGGGGGCAGUUCUUCACUUGGCAAUUACUCUGUGGCCAAUUGGGCCAACAAAUGUAGGGCAGCAAGACCAUCUCUUCUGGCUUAAGGGAAAGUCAUCCAUCAAGUCUUGUCAUGAAAGUGGUUCCUCUAAUGUUUACUUCCCAAGUUAGGGUCUCACUUAAGAAGAGAAGCUUUGCAGGUGUCUGUGUGUGCGUGUGUGUCUGCGCACACGGCUCGUGUUCAAGUGUUAUUUUUCCAUUAGAAAAAGCAAUUGAAAAACCCACAUGUCCAUACAAAGUCGGUGACACCAUCUGAGCGGAAGGCACUGCGGAUUCUCUUUUGUUGUGGUUACACAGUUCCUGAUGCAUUUCUCCUGAUGAGGUCACUGCUCUGAAAUGAAUACUUUCCUUUUCAGAACGUGGGGCGCUGUGGGGAUGAACGCAACAUCACUGAAUUCUGUUUGCAUUUCAAGUGGGACUUUCUAGUCUCUGGGAGCUUAAAAUCCAUCGGCAUACAGCCCUAUUACAGUUCCUAAUAUAACAGUUAUUGACCCUGGGCUGCAAAAAAGAAUCUCAUAAUUAGGUUUGCUCUGUUUUUGUGUUUAUAUGCACAUCUCUUUCUCCCUAGCCGAUGACAUAUCAGCUUUUACAUUUUUUUUUAUAAUUGAAAUCCUUUGUGUUAAAAGGACCUGGACCAUUAAUGGAGACCCGUUCUGUUUACUCCGAUGCCGGGAUACAUUGAAACAUUCCGUGGUAUAAAGAGUGCUCUUAUAUAUUUCCUCAGAAACGCAUUUUGCGGAACUGAAUGGAGAACAUUGAUGUGGUUGAGGUUAAUUAUUCGGGCUUUUGCUGGGCACAUUGGCAGUCGUGCCACUUCUGCCGGUACACAGACUAAAAUUGGAAUGCUGAAGAGGAGCCGCGCAUGGCCCUGUGCCCGGAUGACACAUCCGAAGUCAUAUUGAUUGAGGGAGAUGUUUUAUUGAACGAUAAGAACUACACCGAGUUUAUGGUUUUGCAAUUUCCUGCAGCUGGCAUAGCUUGUAGCAGUAAACACGGUGACGUUCGGGGCUGCAUUUCAAAGUGAGAUUUUAGAAAACUCUCCCCACAACUAAACUCAGAAGGCACUUUCAGUUUAGGAGGCUCAUCCGCAUUUAAUGCCCCCAACAAACUCGUGAUGAGUGACUCUGAUUCUCAUUUCGCAGAUGCGAAGACUGAGCCUCCUAGAGGUGGUCAGUGAUUUGCCCAGGGCCACCAGGAUGAUAAAUCUGGUGGUCAGCGGUGUUUCCUAAAUUCAAAUAAUUCACGUACCACCUUCAGAAAUGUUGUCGCCUCUGCAUGUCACCUAUGCGAUUAUUCACUUAUGUUAUCCUUUAGGCUCUCUCACAAAAAACGUAAAUACAUUUAUUUUAAAGAGAAACUGUUUAUCACCGCUGAAAACGGAAAGCCAGUAUCACAUGCCAUUAAGAGAAUGUAAUAGAAAAGAAAAACAUUACUAACAAUGUUUUUGGUAAAUAAAUUCCAGCUAGAAUCUGUUGUGGGCAGAGGUCGUGGCCCUGAGCACACUGUCUUUGCUAAUGAGAGAUCUGGAAGUAUCAGGGAGGUGCUGGAGACAGGUUAGCAUCAGCAGAGAGUUUCUUGUUUCCUUAGUCAGAGGGACCACAAGAGAACAGCUUUCUCGCUGUGCAAUUCAGUUGUAGUUAACUCUAAGGUUGUGAAUCACCCCCACUGGGGUUGGAGCCCCUCUCGGGGACUCCUGUGCUGCCAUAUCCUCUUUUCUCUGUCAAUAGGAUCGCUGCUGGCUUGUAUCGUCUAAUCUAGUAUUUCCUCAACUUUUGCAAGGUCUUGACCUCUAUAGGUUUAAACUCUGCAUUCAACAGAGUUGGCUGCAGAGGCCAUGGGGUGGCAUUCUACAAAGGCCCUCUGCCUCACUGGGAUGGGGGCUUGGGGGCUGCCAGGGGUCUCCCAGGCAGCUUUAAACUCUGAAUUUCUAGGAUUCUGAGACAGUGACCCAGACCCCACUGUGGAUGUGCUGUCUGUGGCGGGAGGGGACAGUGAGAUAUGCCCAGUGUGCCCAGGGUGGAGUGAGAGGGGGUGCAAGGAGCUGCCACAUUUGCAGAUCUUUGCAGACCACGGUGGUGGGGUUCAUCUUUCUCCUGAGAACAGUGGGGUGCAGGGAACGAGGGUGGGGAGGACCAUUCAAUGUAGGGGUUAAAAAGAUCACUCGAGGCACACAGUGGAGCAAGGAUUGGGGCAGAUAGAGUGGACACCAGGAGUCUGACCAGAAAGCUCCCGAAACUGGCUGGGCACAUUGGCGUUUAAAAAGAACUUGGAAAAAGUGAUGCACCACCUAGAGGAAUACAAAAGUUAAUUAUUAGUUUUUAAUUACACAUAUAAUCAUGAAUGAUACUUCUUUUAAUGCAUUAAGAGACAGUAACAAGGCUGAUGUCCACUUUGACCCCCACUCCCCUUCCUGAGCCCCCUCAGAUCACACUGCCCCUUCCCAGGCCCUUAGAGAAGACGGGGAAUUGGGGUUUGGAGCGCAUCUGCCAGAUCGUGAUCUCUGUGCGAGUCUGUGCGUGCGCGCACAACACGCGUGGUACCACACUGUACAUCCCGUGUGCAACCUGCUUUUUUUCACUUGACAACAUUUCGUAGUUUCCCACUGUGAACACACAGGGACCCAGCUCGACCUUGUAAACAGGGACAGAGCCUCUCCCGGGAGAGGCGGCCACUCUCGUUUGCAUUGCCUUCUCCUAACAAUGGAUAGUUUGGUAUUCUCCAGUACUGCACGACUGCAUUGCGCUCCUUGGACCCGCUGCUCGGAACUCCUUGGCCCAAGCAGAGGGAUUCUCAGGGAAGGCCCGAGAAGACGAGUUGCUGGGUCUUUGAGUGUUAUGUCGCACAUUUUUAAUAGAUAUUUCCAAAUUGCUUCCCAAUUUACAUUCCCACCGCUACCAUAUUAGAGCAGCUCUUCUUUCUUUGACCUUAUCAAACUUUUUUAUCAAUCCCUAGGGUGGGUAGAAGAGGCUACCUUUGAUGCCCGUGGGCAGGAGGGCCUUUCCGUGCCCCCUUGCAUCCCACUGGGGGAUCCACAGCCCAGACAGGCCAUGCGGAAGGAGGGGAUUGUCAGUGGAAAAAAACAUGGACUGAUGAGAAGACUGUUUUUUUAAAUCACAGAGAAGUGAGUUUCUCUUGACCAAAGUUUAAGUCCUCUGGGUACAAUCUGAUGUUCUCUGCAAAUAUUAAUAGAUUUGUUCCUCAGCCGAGGCACGAUGUCUCAGUCUGCUCCGUCACUGCGAAGGACACAAAGCCACGCAGGACUUCCUCUGUGCCCAGCCAAUUCAUUACACCCGGUUAGCAAUUUGCAGAAGAGAUUAAUUGAUUUGCAGGCGGCUGAGCCCUAAGUGUUACUCACUCCCUCCCAGAAAGCCGAGGCCGCCUGGGAGCUCGACAGAGCAAACAGGCCAUGGCUGUGCAGCGUCUUCGUUCCUCAUUAUAAGCAGAAGCCAGGGAGAUGAAUUUCUCAGCCCUUCCUGGUUUAGUGUGGGAUUUGGGGCCACAGUCCAGACUCCUGGAAUAAAAUGAGAAGGUUCACAGGGCUGCGGCCGCUGGUACCACAGCCCUGGUUCUCUCUGCAAGCUUUUGUUAUCCCCUGGUUCUCUUACUCUGAAAUGUUGCUACUGGAGGUAGAGAUUUAAAUUCUGUAUGCCUGUGUUAGGAAGGACUCUUUAGGAUGUGAGGAAAAGAGACUCAAUUUAAACAGACCUGGACAAAACAAUUCAUUAUUAAAUGUAAUACAGACAAUGGCUUCAGGCUUGGCUGAAUCCAGAGGCAACAAUGAUGUCACCAGGACUCAAUUUCUCUCGUUCUCUUGGCUCCUCUUUCUUCUGGGUCAUCACAGUCAGCUCCUUGGGUACCUGCCCGGCCUGUCCACACUCACUUUGGCUUGACUCCUUUUCACAACCCGAGUCCCCAAACUGAAUCUUGUUGGCCUGGUUGGGACCAUGUGUCUCUCCUAAACCAAUCACUGGGGAUUUGAGCGGCCCAGUCUGGGUCAUGCAUCUGUCCUCAUAUGGAGGAAUGGGUUGGGGCCACCUCUGCUACAGCCAUUAAGAGUAAAGAAGAGGUGGUUUCCCAAAAGAAGGGGGGCCAGGCAGGUAAGAACCACAGGUCCCUAGACCCCCUUUACUCAUAGUUUAAUGCAAUUCAGCAAGCGUUUGUGAGCAGUUGAGCCCCCUCAUGCCCUUGGAGAAGAGAGAAGCAGAAGAUGGCAGGAGCCCUCUUCUGAAGGAGCUUGGGGACUGGUUGGUGGACCGAGACACCUUUGGGAAAUAGAUUAGAGUCUCACAGCUUGAGGUCCACAUGCAAUUACCGGGGCCUGCUCUGUGCCAGGCAGUGUGUGGGAGCAGGAAGAGAGGCAAAUAAGAACACGACACGGCCCUUGUCCUUAGGGAGAGCCCAGUCUGGCAGAGGGAGCCGGCACAGACUGGUAAACAAGUCAUUACAAAUGCAAUGCGGUAAGCUCGCUGAUAUGAUUAAGCUUCCAAAUGAGGGAUCCUGACAAGGCCGGCUGGAGCGGAGAAGGGAGAGUGGGCUAGCAUAAACAGGAACAUAACCAUGAGGGGGCCGUGCUUCCGACACCCAUCCCAAAGGCCCCUCUGUCCGGGCCCCCACUGCACAAGGGAGUGAUGCCGGCACGCGGGGGGCCUGAAGUCUGUCACUCUUUAUCAUUCCUUUUUCCCUCCUUGGAUCAUAAAGACUCUUUGCCAUACACACUAAACUGCUGGAAAUGGAGACACACAGCACUUAACUACUAUUUACUUAUUUAUCUAAAAUGCUAAGUGUUUCCCUUGGCAAUCACUAAUAGAUUCCUGUAGAAACAGAGUGACAUGUUCUGAAUUCUGAUUUUUGUACCAACAGAAGGUGGGAAGACAAAAAUCACCAGUGUACCCACGGUUGGUUCCAUUGGGGAGGUGGGAGGGCAGGACAAUACAGUCAUUUAAAGACAGGUUGAAACAUGGGUAUUUGAAGAACAAAUGCUUGUUUAAGUUAAAAAUUAAAAAAAAAAAAAAAAAA